AUGAAAAGUCUACUUUGUACUCUCAAGAUGAUCCUUCUAUUGUUGUAUCUUCUGCUAGCUAUCAAGUCUUUAAUCCUCUUCAGUAUAGAUAAUGAUAGAAAAAGCAAUCUUGCUUUUGAAAGGCUUCAAUCUUUUCCUUCAUCAGCUCUAUUGCUACCACCACCAAACACCACCACCGUUGGAGAUGAUCAAGAAAUCACUUGGAAGAACAAAGAAAAGACUUCUGAAAGUCUUCAACCAUCGUCACCACCGUCACCGUCACCGAUUCCAUUGCUAGUACAGAAUAGUAGUGCUAGGCAUGAAAAAAAAAUUAAGACAGGUUUUGAGAGAAUGGAAGAAGGUCUAGCUAUGGCAAGAGCAGCUAUUUACGAAGCAGUUCGGUCACAGAACUCCUCAUCAUACAAGGAGGGGAGUUACAUUCCCAGAGGAGCCAUAAAUUUGGCAUGUCACGUUCAAGAUCAAGGCUUUGGGGUUAGAGCUUUCAUUAUGGGCAUUAAUGGCGACGGGCCAACUAUGCUUGAAGCUGUAGCUUGCAGGAGUUACACGGAAAUGGAGAAAAGAUUCAAGGUAUGGGUUUACCAGGAAGGAGAACUACCUGUCGUCCAUGGUGCACCUGUAAACGACAUCUAUAGCAUUGAAGGGCAGUUUCUUGAUGAAAUUGAGAGUGGCAAAAGCCACUUUAUUGCUCGCCAUCCUGAUGAAGCUCAUGCUUUUCUUCUUCCCAUAAGUGUGGCCUAUAUCAUCCACUAUGUCUACAAGCCUCGUAUCACCUUCGCUCGUGACCAACUCCAACGUUUGGUCACAGAUUAUGUUCGUGUUAUAGCCAAUAAAUACACUUACUGGAAUAGAACCCAAGGAGCUGACCAUUUCUCUGUUUCCUGCCACGAUUGGGCACCAGAUGUCUCAAGAGCCGAUCCUGAACUCUUCAAGUACUUUAUUAGAGCUCUUUGCAAUGCUAAUACAUCAGAAGGUUUCCGACCCCAAAGAGAUGUUUCGAUACCAGAAAUCUACCUUCCUGUGGGAAAGCUUGGACCGCCUCUUCAAUAUGCUCAACCCCCAAGUAAGCGUUCAAUCCUUGCAUUCUUCGCUGGCGGAGCUCAUGGUCAUAUAAGGAAGGUCUUAUUGGAACGCUGGAAAGAAAAAGAUGAUGAGAUUCAAGUCCAUGAGUACCUUACUCGAAAGAACAGAAAGGAUAACAAUCUUUAUUUCGAAUUAAUGGGUCAAAGCAAGUUUUGUCUGUGCCCAAGUGGGCAUGAAGUAGCAAGUCCUAGGGUGGUAACAGCAAUUCAAUUGGGAUGUGUUCCUGUGACCAUUUCUGAUAACUAUUCGUUGCCAUUUAGUGAUGUUCUUGAUUGGAGUAAGUUCUCGGUUGACAUUCCGUCGGAAAAGAUACCUGAAAUUAAGACAAUUUUGAAAGGUGUUUCGAUUCGACGGUAUCUUACAAUGCAAAAAAGAGUGAUGCAAAUUCGAAGACAUUUCAUGCUCAAUCGACCUGCUCAGCCGUACGAUAUGCUUCAUAUGAUUCUUCAUUCGACAACAUUCCAAAGAAUAAUUGUCAGUGGAGUGUCCAAAAAAAGGCAACAGUAUUACAGUGGUAAUAAUAUAGAGUAA